AUGGGCCGCUUUGAUACCCUGAAUGAAGAGACCAAGGAUCUGGUCGAGUGCAUGCUCCCCGCACUAGCCAAAUCUUUCAAGGUCGAGGAUGUAGUCGAUAUCAUUCCUCAAGACAUACGAAUGCGUCAGUGGGAUACGGAGCGCCGUGACCACAUCAAGGACCAAACGGAGAACGACCCGCGCAACUGGGGUGUCCAGUUCCUUAAGGAUCUCAAGACCAUCAAUCGCGUCAGUGGCUGGGACCUGGCCACCUUCCAUGCCGAGUUGUACGAGAAGGUUGCUCUCCACGAGGAGACACACCCUUGGUGUCGAUUGUCAGACAUCAAGGAAAUCAAGCUCGACGUCGAGAAUCCCGGCCGCAAGGAAGCCAUGGCGAACCCAGUCCAACCCGUGUCUGACUCUUCCACCGACUCCUAUCUGGAGGAGUUGGUUGAGCCAAAUAUGCCAAAGGGCUCAUCGAAGCGCAGGGCCCGCCACGAGGUAUAUGAAGCUCGCGUCCAAGAAUCAUCCAAGCGCCGAAAGACCGCUCGUCUCCGCCGUGCCAACGACGGCAGCUUUGUUCGCCCUGAGAAAGGCGCCAAGAAGCAGCACUCCCAGGACCGCGGCGACUCCAUUCUCAGCACUCAGUCCAAUGCCAACCGCCCUAGCACCGAGAACAACCGCCGCCGUCAUGACCGUUACAUCCUCCAAUCUGACGGCGAGGAGUCAUACGGCUCUCCUACCCCCCGAUCCGCCCAUCCCCGCCGUAUAUCUAGCUACUCGACGACCCCCGCUCCCAAUGCCGUCCAACCUUCCCACAGUGGACAGGUUGAUGCGUCAAAUGAGCCGUUGGCUGUGCAGAAGCUUGCGGCUGAGUUGGAGGUAGCCGAGGCCGAGCUCAAGGCUGCGCGUGCGAAGUUUGAAUAUAUUCAAGCUCGUGAGCUGGCAGAGCAGCAGCUCAAGCAGCAGGCGUUGCAAGAGGAUCUGAAUGCCCCUCGUGCUCCUCGUGGCUAG